AUAGGACACAGCCAUAAUACUCUUCUCUUCUCUUCUUUGGGAAGAUCGAGAACUUUUCUCUUUCUUUUGGGGGGCUUCGGCUCAUUGGGGGCUUCGGCCAGUUCUUGUUACUAAUACUGUUUUGGUUCAUCUCAAUACAAUUUCAGAUUGAUUCUUCAUAGAUUUCUGUGAAUCUUCUGUAAACCUAGAUAGUCCCUAUCAUUGGUAUCAGAGAGGUCGAUUCUGUGGAUGGUCUGGACACGGACAAAAAUGGAUUUAUGGAUGACUGAGUUGGAAGACAACCAAAACCGACUGGAGGAGAAUUGAAGAUGGAUCGGAAUCAGCAACAGACUACGGAGAUGUUGGCAGCAAUUAUGGCCAGGUUGGAUGCGAAAGAUCAUCGAUCAAGAAGUAGGUCGCAUCGCUCAUCUGCGUUGCAUCGAUCAUCUGCCUCGCAUCGCACAUCGGCAUCGCAUCACACUUCUCAACAGCAUCAGUCGCGACACAAACAUGCGAAGAAGGGCGACAGUUCAGACGGUUCAGACAGUUCGACUAGCCAUUCCACACCGCGACAUAAUCACGAUCCUCAUCGGAAUCAACGACAUCACCAUCACACAGGACGGAAAAUUGAUAUGCCAAUCUUUAACGGAGAGGAUGUUUGUGGUUGGUUGUUGAGGAUGAAUUGCUACUUCAGACUGAACAACACUGAAGAAGAGGAUAAGAUUGACGUUGCAGUUGUGGCCAUGGAAGACCAGGCCUUAAGCUGGUUUCAAUGGUGGGAAGGGCAAGCACAUCGUCAAACCUGGGAAUCAUUUACAGCUGCGUUGACCAAACGUUUCCAACCAAACUUGGUGCAAGAUCCUUUAGGACCUUUACUCAGUCUGAAACAAAAGGGGAGCGUGAAAGAAUAUAGAGAUAAAUUCGAGACAGCCAUUGCUUCUCAGGGACACUUGACUGAAGAAGUAUUGAAGGGAGUAUUUAUAAAAGGGUUGAAAAAGGAUAUAAGGGCUGAGUUGAAGCUACACACUACCAGAACUCUGGCUAAGGUCAUGGACACAACCUCUUUGAUUGAAAACAAGAAUAAUGAAGUCUGGAUCAAGAAGAAUAAAGAUGAAGGCAAGAAGAGGUGGCCAGGAAAAGCAGGGAAUGAAGGUCAUCUUCAAAAUGGGGGAGAUAAUAGUAGAUGGAGGAGCAGUCCUAUUACUACUACAAGUGCUGGCAAGAUCAUCAAUGAAAUUAAGCCAAUGGAUAUGGAGGAGGAAUCAGCCAAUUAUGCUCACAAGAAGAUAAGUCCCAGAUUAACACAACAUGAACUGCAGGAGAUGAGUAGGAAAGGUUUAUGUUUCAAGUGUGGGGAAAACUGGAACCGAGGGCAAAUCUGCAAAAUGAAACACUACAAAUUUGUUUUUGUGGAGGAUUCUGGAGGAGAAAAAGAAACUGAAUGUGUCAGGAAGGAUAACGAGGAGGAAGAUGAAACUGAAAUGGAAGUCAGAACUCUGCAAUUAUCUCCAAUAAGUAAGGAAGAGAUUCCAAGCAUGAAAACAUUCAAGAUGAAAGGAGAAUUGAAGUGGAAAUCUGAAGAAAAGAAGGUUGAAAUCCUUAUAGAUACUGGUGCAUCCCAUAACUUCAUUUCUCAAGAAUUUGUGAGAAAAUGGGAGUUAUCCUACCGUAUGAUAAGAAGAUACUCUGUACAGAUAGGUAAUGGAGAUCAAAUCACCAACAAUAGAAUGUGUGAAGGGUUGGAAUUGGAACUUCAAGGGCUGAAAAUACAGCAACCUUACUAUAUGCUUGAGUGGAGGGGAACAGAUAUGGUGUUGGACAUGGACUGGCUUACAAGCUUGGGAGAUACUGAGAUUAACUUCCAAAAUCAGACCAUCAAAGUGGAGGUUCAGGGGCAGAAGGUAAUCAUACAUGGAGACCCUUCAUUCAGUCAACUGGGAAUUUAUAAGGAGAUGAAGAGCCUGGUGAAUAGGAAUGGAGGAGGAAAAUUGCUGAGCUAUCAAGGGUUACCUACUGACAUUGAAGAAGAGAGUGUUCAAAAGCAAGAAGUUGCACCCUCUAUGUUGUAGCAGGAUGCACCUUAGCCUCUAAAGAAUCUGAAGGAAUCAAAAUCCUGGAUAACGUAGUCUGGCAUCUGUAUAACUCUGCUGUGAAAUACAUAGGGAAAAAGAUGGAAGCCGCAAAGCUAAAAUUCCAGCAAUCAAUACAGUAUUGGAAAGGGAGAGGUGCUAGGAUAAAAGAAAAGAAGAGGAUUAUGGUUGUGUCCUAUCUCCCACCUUGAGGGCAAGGUGGAUGUUUAGGGGGGAGAUUUGUUAGGGACCCGGCCCAAUAGAGCAUUAAUAAUAAUAAGUGUACAAGUUGAGUAUAAAUAGAAUAAGCUUGGGGAGGUAGAGUAGGCUGUUUUGGACUUUGACUUUGGGACUUUGGGAAGAUCGAGAACUUUUCUCUUUCUUUUGGGGGGCUUCGGCUCAUUGGGGGCUUCGGCCAGUUCUUGUUACUAAUACUGUUUUGGUUCAUCUCAAUACAAUUUCAGAUUGAUUCUUCAUAGAUUUCUGUGAAUCUUUUGUAAACCUAGAUAGUCCCUAUCAUACAGAGAUAAAUAUACAACGUAACGUAG